UUCAAACCAAAAACAAUUCCACCAAAACCAUACAACAUGUUUAAGAUUUUCUUCUUUUUGUCCUUCUUGGCUAUGGCCUUUGCCAAACCUGGCUACAUCAACUCCCAUCCCAUUGUCACUUCCUAUCAUCAUGCUGCUCCUGCGGUUCAUGUCAUUCGUCCAGUGAUUGCCACUCACAGCAUUGCCACUCCUUUGAUUCAUCAUCAUGGCGGUUACAUUCAUGGCAGCGGUCUUCACGGCAGCGGUCUUCAUGGCAGCGGUCUUCAUGGCGGCAUUCAUCAUCAUGGUCUUUAUUGAAUUGCUUCGUCAAG